AGCCCAUGUUUGCAAAGCAUUUUUCACUCUUUACCUCUCCCACCAAAGCGCGAUCCUCUCGUUUUGGUGCAAACCGAUCGACUGCAUACCUCAUUUUUUUUUCUUCGAUCAUGUAGAAUUUUCUCAGAGCAAUGUCAGGGCGCAUAAGACCACAUUGUGUCGAUUUCUCUCAUCAUUUGCCGCUCAAAGCAUUCAUCAAGAUUAAUUUUACUCGUCAGUUUCAGAUAGAUCGAUUCAGCUAGCUGCCUCCCAUCACGGAGCACGGCAUGGACUUCAGCCCUCAAAGAAAGAGCGCCGAACGCAAUCCCGGCAGCUUCGAACACGAUGACAGUGAUGAUGACUUCGGAGCUGAAUCCACCGCCUCUAAGCCGUCUGCGCAUUCGCGCGACAGCAACAAAUCCAACAAGCCCAAGACGAGCCAUGGCGGUUCAACCUACGCGGCGACGACGACGACGACGACGCCGAUGCCGCCCCAAAGUAGCUCCGAACCGACAGGUGGCGUCACCGCAGGAGCGACGGCGGGCAAUAAUAAUGCUGACUCCACCAGCGUGGACAGCGGCGGGCCGAGGAGCAGCAGCAUGGAGAGCAGCAGCAGCGGCACGGCCGCCUCAGGCACGACGCCGGCCAACGUCCGGCGCCACACCGGCGGCGACAGCCGGUGGGACGCCAUCCAGCUGGCCACGUCCCAGGAAGCGCAGCUGAACCUGGGCCACUUCCGGCUGCUCAAGCGCCUGGGCUACGGCGACAUCGGCAGCGUGUACCUGGUGGAGCUCCGCGCCACGCCGGCGGCCUUCUUCGCCAUGAAGGUGAUGGACAAGGCGUCCAUCAUCAGCCGGAACAAGAUGGCCCGCGCGCAGACGGAGCGCGAGAUCCUCGGCCUCCUGGACCACCCUUUCCUCCCCACGCUCUACACGCACUUCGAGACCGACAAGUUCUACUGCCUCGUCAUGGAGUACUGCAGCGGCGGCAACCUCCACUCGCUCCGCCAGAAGCAGCCCGGCAAGCACUUCACCGAGCCCGCCGCCAGGUUCUACGUCGCCGAGGUGCUGCUGGCCAUGGAGUACCUGCACAUGCUGGGGAUCGUGUACAGGGACCUCAAGCCGGAGAACGUGCUGGUCCGGGAGGACGGCCACAUCAUGCUCUCCGAUUUCGACCUGUCGCUGCGCUGCACCGUGUGCCCGACGCUGGUCAAGUCGUCGUCGGUGCACUCCACCGGGAGCGGCGGAGGAGGAGGCGGGGGAGGAGGAGGAGGCGGCGGCGGCAGCGGCGGCAGCAGCGUCGGCAGAGGAGUGGACGUCGCGGACGGCGACGUCAUCACCGCCAACCAGGGUGGCUGCAUCCAGCCCUCGUCCUUCUUCCCGCGCAUCCUUCCCCGGCGCAGCCGGAAGCCGUCCAAGAGCGAGCUGGGUCUCAGCGGCCCGGCCGCGGUGGAGUUCAACGCGGAGCCGACGGACGCGCGCUCCAUGUCGUUCGUCGGCACGCACGAGUACCUGGCGCCGGAGAUCAUCCGCGGCGAGGGCCACGGCAGCGCGGUGGACUGGUGGACGCUCGGCAUCUUCCUCUACGAGCUGCUGCACGGCUCCACGCCCUUCAAGGGCGCCGGCAACCGCGCCACGCUGUGCAACGUCAUCGAGCAGCCGCUGCGCUUCCCCUCCGACGGCGCGGCCGGGGGCCCGGCGGUCAGCUCCGUCGCCAGGGACCUCAUCCGCGGCCUGCUCGUCAAGGACCCACAGAAGCGGAUCGCCUUCACCAGAGGCGCCACGGAGAUCAAGCAGCACCCGUUCUUCGAAGGUGUCAACUGGGCGCUGGUCAGGAGCAUGACCCCGCCGUCGGUGCCGGACCCGGUCGACUUCCGGCAGUACGGAGCCGCCAAGGAGAAGAAGGCGUCCGACAGCAGUACAACGGCUGCCGUGGAGGCGCCGCCGGCCGGAAAGCAAAACUCCGGCGAGUCUUACACGGAUUUCGAGUAUUUCUAGGACGUACCUUACUGUCGACAUACUACAUAUUCUUAUACGACUUCCAUAUGAUUAGAUUACAUAUCUUGAUCGAGGUUUGCCAAUAACUUCUAACUUGCGAUCGAUAUACAUACAGUAUCAUGCAUUGAUCUUGUAAUACAAUUCUUCCAUGUACCAUUUGACUGCAAACUAAAUUUUGUAAAUUUAGCCAC